AUGGCUCUCCUUCGUUGUGAUCAUAUUUUUAAAUUUUUAAGAUGUAAGAAGUGCAAUUUUGCAAUUCAAAUGGAAGUAGAUAAACAAAUAAAUAAAUUUUUUGAUUGUCUCAGUUGUAAAACGAAGUUUUGUCGUACGUGCGAAAGAGAUUGGGAUGAGAAACAUGUUGGUCUAAGUUGUGAAGAAAUGGAUAAAAAUGAUAAGGACAAGAAGGAAAGAGAAAUUGAGAAGAAAUUAAACGAGGCAAUUGUUCGAAAAUGUCCAAGAUGUGGAAUCGGAUUCGUUAAAGUGUCUGGAUGUAAUAAGAUGACUUGUCGUUGCGGUAUGACUCAAUGCUAUAUUUGUAGAGAAAGUGGUAUUCAAUAUGCCCAUUUUUGCCAACAUACACGUGACCCAACUAUUCCAAAUUGUAAGCAUUGUAACAGUAAAUGUCUCCUUUUUGAAGAUGCAAAUAAGAGGGAUGAACAGUUAAUCAAAGAAAUUCGUGAAAGAGAAGGGGCGAAGGCUUAG